UAGAGGGGCAUGUAGUUCAGUAGUCAUAACUGCUCUUGGAAUGAAUAGAUUCACACGUGUUCUUUUUUAGUGAGAUAUUCGUUAAAUUCAUAAAUAAAUAAACAUAAAUUCUAUAGCAUUUAAAAUGUACACUGAAUCCUAAUCUCAAGGUUAGUUUCAAGCCUAAAGGCUUGUGCACUGGAGUCCCGGUAAUUAGCAUUGUUAGCUAGCCAAUAACCUGCGCAUGAAGUAGACCAUUGGAUCUAAAUUUGAGCUCGGUUUUCAAGACGGUCAACCAUCUGUGUUUACUGACUUAAUAUUAUUGCAUAAUCAAGUUAAAACUAAGACUUUUUAGUUCCAGAUUGGCAGAUUGUUAUUUUUCUUCCUUUUUACAUUUUUUUUCCCGCACAUCUAAUAGUUUAGGAGAAAAGAUGCGCCUGCGUUAUAAUCACGCAUUUUGAGAAUGUGACAAUGGCACUGCGCCUAGACAGAACUUUCUUUUCGUCGUUGUCCAAGUGCUACAUACCAAAUCAAGUAAUGAAAGGAAUAAGACGGAUAAGCAGGGUCUCUAUUGAGGGUAAUAUAGCAGUUGGGAAAUCGACGUUUGCAAGGUUGCUAAACAAGGCAGUACAAAACUGGGAAGUUAUACCUGAACCUGUUACCAAAUGGCAAAAUGUGGAAGGAGCUACCUCGCAACCAGUGCCAUUUCCCCAGCAAACAGCCAGCAACUUAUUGCAGAUGAUGUAUCAGGACCCUAAACGCUGGUCCUACACCUUUCAGACAUUUUCCUGCAUGAGCCGCCUGCGUACCCAGCUUCAACCACCUCCCUCCAGGUUACUGCAAAUCAGUGACGCUGCUGUGCAGGUGUAUGAACGCUCUGUUUAUAGUGACAGGUACAUUUUUGCUCAGAAUAUGUUUGAGCUUGGCUGUGUAAAUACCACAGAGUGGGCUGUGUAUCAGGACUGGCAUACCUUUCUUGUUGAACAGUUUAGUCCUAAGGUACAGCUGGAAGGGAUUAUAUACCUCAGAGCACCUCCACAGAUCUGCAUGAAGAGGUUAAAAAGGCGAGGUAGAGUGGAGGAGCAGGGAAUACAGCUAGACUACCUCGAAUCGCUGCAUAUGCAGCAUGAAAACUGGCUCUUAAACAAAUCGACAAAAGUUCAUUUUGAUCACCUGAAGAAUCUUCCUGUAUUGGUGCUGGAUGCUGGUCUGGAGUUUGAGAAAGACCUUGAGAUGCAGGCCAGAUUUCUUAGAGAGGUUACGACUUUCUUCAGUGGCUUAUGAAAAGAAUAGGACCAAACACUGAUCUCUGGACCAUUAGCACCUUGACCAAAAGUUUCUUCCAGUUUGCUUUUCAUUUUGUGUGUCCUAUUUGCAAAAUGUUUUGCUGCGUUCAGGAUAGCUGUGGUAUAAACAGGCUUAAUCCAAGCUAACUGCAGCUAAUAGGCUAACCAGAAUUUAAAUUUGACCAGUUCAUCACAGGUUUGUUAUGGGUGAAAGUUUCUUAUUCACCUUUUAAUAAAUUCUGUGUACAUUAUUGCACAUGUGCAGUAAUUACCUGGAGCUCAAAGGUAGUUCCACUUAGCUUAAGGCAAAUUUAGCCUGCUCCCAAUAACUAAAUAUAUUUCUGUUUGAUGGUGUCAUUAAAUCUUUUAAUAAAUGUUAUUGUGUGUUCUGAAAAAUUA